UUCACGCUUUUKCACAAURCAUUCUASUCAACAAACGUCGUAUUCYAACCUGUUUCAGAUUUGUUACUUUUGCUUGUAAAACUUUUGUGCUCUGCUAUUCGUAGCCUUCCUGAUAAAAAAGMAGCCUAUGAUUAAUCCGGAGAAAAUCGUGUUGCAUUAGACAUUCAAUUUAUCGUAAAUACCUAAAGAGGAGUUCUUCAUUUUUUAGAUAUUUGCUCGGAUGAUAGUUGCGAAGGUUUGAUGAAGAACGCAAAUUUAAACGCGAAUUGUAACGUUCUGGUUUCCUGCACGCGCUUUGGCGGAWUCGGCACUACCGUCGUACCUUGCGAACCUCCUUCGAGUUAUUUUGCCCUUGUAAUAGUAGAAAUCUUAGAUAAAAACAUUAGUCGACACAUUUUUAUUUCAAACAAGUUAGGGAGUAUAAAUGAAAGAAAAACAGAGAUCCGUGGCGAAAUUUAGUUCCAUUUCCGGUUCCGUUUUGCGCUCUUGAGGACGAGGCGUGAACAUAGACCAAUCAGAAGGCAGCAUUUUGGCGGGGAAUUUGUUUGGCGCGGAAUAACCAAGCAAUUUUAUUCAAAAUUUACAACAAAGGAAACAAGAAGACGGUCGACGUUGCUGCAGUUUUCUUGGGUUUUAUCGCCCGAAUGGCAGUAAUGAGAGAUAUAACAAAUUACACUAACAUUAUGGAAGGCACUAGAAGUACUAGUCCUACAGUAGAUAAUGUUUUUGUUUCGUUUUCAACGCCUCGAGCCUUCCAAGAAGCAACACAACAACCGACUCGACCUGCACGUCCUCAACUAAUGCAACUAAUAAGCGACUCAGCUAACAAUAACGAAAUUGCUGCAUCUUUGAAUGAAUUGGAACAUGAAAUAAGCUUUUUGCCAUCUGGGUUGUUAACUCCAACGAGYCCAAAUGAUACAAAUAAGCCCAAUUUUCCACUGGACAGUUCUAGAUCGUGCUUUGUCAGUCCCAGCAAGAAGCUGUGUGUUGAAAGAGAUGAUGAAACUCCCCUAUACCAAAAACUACAAAGACUUUCAAAAAGUGACUUGAUAGAUAUUCUAAGYACUCUAGUUUAUAAGAAGCAUCCUGAACUACAAGAGGAGRUCAUAAAACUUAUGCCAACCCCAAAUUUAMCAGAUAUGGAGGCCAAACUUAGGAAGUUAAAAAGAAAUAUUUAUAAGGCCUUUCCAUAUCGCGGCAGCCAUGUUGGAUCAACACGAGAUGUCUUCCAUUAUCGCAGAGCACAUUCGCACAUUUUAGAGUUCAAGAAAGAGUGCAUAAGUCAAGGCAAAGAACUAGUAGAGUGUAGGUUAUGGAAGACUACAGUAGAGUAUGUACUGAUGGCAUGGUCAUAUAUCAAUGAUUUGCCAACAUGGGAUAGUCCAUCCCAUAAUUCCUGUAAAUCAGCUUGUUAUAAAACCUUAGCAGUGCAUUUCCACAAGGCUUUAAAUGAAGGRUCAUUCAAUACACAAGAAUGCCAACAUCUCAAAAAGAGGCUUGAAGAAGCAUGUGCAAUUAACAAACACCUUCAACCAUGCUUGAAUAAAGUCAAUCAAUUAUUACUAAGACAAUAACUACUAGUUAUAAUUCUCUAAAUAGUUAAAAAUAUAUUUAAUAGGUACAAUUUUUAGUACUCAAAUAUAAUUUUUUUACAAUUGUUUACAUUUAAAUAUAUUUGCAUAUAUUUUUGUGAAAAAUAGAAAAAUCAAUCUCAAAAAGAAUAAUUAUCAUUUAAAUUUUUUUCUAUAUUUUGAAUUAUAUUCUUUUGAUGUUGUGGUCUUAAAGGCCAGGUGAAUAUUUGAUAUUUCCUCAAAGGCGUCUUUCACUUUGUAGUUACAUUUUAAGUACUUUUUUUAAUAAAGUGUAAGACASUGCAGUGUAAAGCUUAUGUGGUGGUGCUAUACAUUCAUUCCCAUGGAUUUUGACAGAAAUGUAAACAGGAAAUAUAACUGUUAGAAAUAUGUAGAGAUAUAUGUGUUUACUUUUUUCUUUAAAAUAAGCAGAUAAUUUUGAGAAAUGUUAUCUCUUGUUUUUCAUUUGAAAUUAGUAGGUWUUUACAGAGCUUCURAGGGAAGCCCAAAUUUUUCUGUGCUCUUCAAACUAAUUAGUAMAAUUUAAUGAUUGACAUCUUUUUCCAAAAUGGCCAGCACUCUCACACCUGUGAGGAAAAUCUUUUUUGACACAGUAAUAUUAAAGUAUAUGCUUGACUAAAAGCCAUGAAAAAACCCAGUAAGUUCCAAUAAAUAUUUGUAGAGAUGAAUUUCCUCAAAACUGCUCAGAUUUUAUUUUACAGCUAAAUGUAUGGCUGAGGUAUUAAAUGAAGAAAUGGUUUAUGCGUUUCUCUUUGACAUAAGCAGAUCAUAAGCAGAUCACUUAAGUCCUAUUAACUAUGAUCAGAUUUAAUAUGUACAUACUAGAUCUCAUUGAAUUUUAGCACAGMUUCUGUGAAGUACGUACUUUAGUACUUUGCAGUGGUUAUUUUAAAUUGCCCUUGGGCAAAUUUGGUAGGAAAAAAAAGCCUUGUGUAGACACGAAAAUGUUGUGAACAAGCAAACAAGUCCUGAGAAUAGAUAGUCAAAACUUUUCAAAGAAAAAAAUGUAAACGUUCUGUCAAGAGAAUUAUCUUUUGGGACGGCUUUUUUUUCUGAAGUCACUCCCAGAUUUAUUCGAAUAAAUUUUGAUUUCAAUUCACAGAUUCACUAGGAU